AUGGCACCAUCCUCACUAAGUGAUGACGAUAUGCUCAUGGGUGAGAUCCUUAUCUACCGUAGUAAGAUGACUGGUCUGAGUGUGGAAGUAUCACUUCCCUCUACGUCUCCCUCUGGUGCCGACAGCCCCGCCGACAUCUUCAGCUUCGACGCCUUCAGUCAUGUGAGCCCAAUGGCCUACAAAUUACCGCUGUAUCCUGCACCUCCCUCCGCUGUUGCGCCAGCUCCGUCUCCUUCACAGUCAAUCGCAGUCACACCCCGUGGCGGCAGCAAACGCUAUGGCCCAGUGGUGCAGCUCGAGGAUUUGAGAGAGUGCUUUAACAUGCCUAUUGCCGCCGUCGCGCGCAAGUUCGGCAUCUGUGCCACCUUACUCAAGAAGAUCUGUCGUCGUUACGGUAUCCAACGCUGGCCGCAUCGCCAGAUCCGCAGCCUGCAGAAGAGCAUUGACAUGCUGCGCGAGUCGUUGAGUGUGGCAAAGGGCACCAACAAAGAGUACAUUGCCAAAAAGAUCGCUGCCUUCGAGUAUACGCUCGAGUGCAUCAUGCAAGACCCCAACACGGCGGCUAAGGGCAUUUCGGCUGGGCGAUUGGCCUCCCCCGCUACCGAAGAGAUGCGUCUCAGUACUCGCCGGGCCAGUGUGCCAAUGUCUCUUCAGUCCAUUCUGUGCUGA